AUGAGACCCUCAUCCAGCGCACCUACGGUGAACGGAUCGUCCCGUGGCUCGUCUGGUGCCCCCACACGACCAACUUCAAGUCUGUCCGCCGCGAGACCAGCGUCGAGUUUGUCUGGUGUACGGCCCGCGUCCAGCUUAUCAUCCGUACGACCAGUAUCCAGCUUGUCUACUAGACCAAGCUCUCGCUUCACUCAAAGACCUGGUUCGCGCCUCUCUCAGCGUCCUGUCUCGCGACAGUCGACGCGUCUGGUACCACGCUACCAGGAACUUGUGACGCGGGUAACGGGACUUCGUGCUGAGGAUGACGAGGAUAACUUCCGGACUGCCGUCGAGUUCCUGUCCAAGAAUCUCGACCUCACGACAAGGCCAUCGGGGAAUGUGGACAUGAAUACGAUGGAUAAGCUCAUUCGAGGGCACAUACAGAAAGCUCGCAUCAAUUCCCAUGACACGUUCGCUGAUGCUCUUCAAACUGCCCUUCGAACGCUGAAGACACAGGCCCAGAAAAACAAUGACCUUGACUCCGAGAUUAAGACGGUUCUUUUGCCUGCCCAUCUGCAAUUUUUGGUUACACUUUCGAGUCCCCCGGAUGAAGCCACAUUCGAACGCGCAGAAGAUUAUUUGGAUGGGCUGAGCAACCCCAAGAGACCUGUUCCAGGUCUUACCUGGGAAGCUAUUCUUGCUGAGGAACCAUUCGAGGGAGAGCACUGGGAGGGCAUCUAUCCCCGAAGUACUGACGACCAGCUCGGUGCGCAGAGUGGAAGUAGCACGCCCUCUCUUUCGCCAUGGGACGAUUCAGAUCUGGACGAAUCUGUUACCUCCUCCUCCAUUCCGGAUAUCGAUGAGGACGCACUACCACCUGAAGCCGCAGGUGGCAUCGACAAGCCCUACUUGCCCCCUGCUGCUUACCGCCAUCGUCAAGACGUGGAGGACUUACAAGCCCGGCAGUACUGGCGCUCGGAAUGGAGGACGGAUGCCUCGACAACCCGAGCUUUCAACAUUGGGGACGCCUCAACCCUGGGCCCCACAAUGUAUCGCAUUCUCGGAGAUCAACACACCAACGGAAUUGCCGGGCCAUCCAGACAGAAAUAUAUACACGAGCAUGACGCUGUUCGUGAGGUUCUCAUGGCCUUACAAGGAGAUCGCAAUAUGAUGUUGGGCUGGUUAUCGAGCGGGGGGGAUGCGUUCUCCUUCACCCCCAACGCGACACUGAAGCUGCUCCAUCUCACUGCUGGUGCUCAACAUUCCAUCUUGACCUCCUUUGCUCGGCUAGCCACCACUCUGCAGCACUUACGAAUGUUCGUCUCCGCCAUAUACGCAAAAGCCGGCAAAGACGACAGGGACCCGGACAGACCCAUGCAUCUGCUCAACAUUUAUCGGCAGAGUACGCUCACUCUCGAGGCGUUCUCUGCAGCAGUCGAUGGUCAACUUCGAGCGUUUAACGCAUGGUGCGCCGCCAGGGAAGAGGACAUCUGCCGCGCGCAAGCAGGUGCCGGAGAGCCACUUGUCGUAAGCUUGCUCAGCCUGGACAAGACGAUCCGGGAUACCUUCUCCGAUACGUUCACCGUCAUUCUCGAUGUCGUUCGCGAGGUCACCCGACGCGCAUGGCGGACCUCGGAGCCGGUGGUCGACAUUUGGACGCUCCCAGAGCUCCCAAUGAAGAUGCCGCCCUCUACUUUCGGUGCGCUGCUCCUUGACUCGUUACUGGUUGCCGUCCAGGAGCACGUCUCGAUGGGCGAUUACGUCUCGGCCGAUGCUCUGAUGAGCGUUUUCAGCGGGUCAGCAGAACCGAUAUGGGCAAUGGUAGGUCGCUGGAUGAAGGAUGGUAUGCCUGUGCGGGAGAUCACAUCACACCACAAUAGUCGCUUUUCAGAGCUGGACGACGAGUUCUUCGUGGAAGAUAACGAGCUUCCGUUAUUCGACCCCGAUUUCUGGACGGACGGAUUUGUGUUACGCCAAGAAGGCGGGGAUGGCGAUGCGCCAAGGCGGACGGCGGUCCCUGUUUUUCUCAACAGCGUGGCGAAGAGCAUAUUGGACGCUGGCAAGGCUGUGGGUCUCCUCCGUGUACUGGAAAUCGCGGCGCUGCUGGACCGCGAUACGCCUGGGUCAUGGAUGGCCCAUUGGCCGUCAUUUUCUGCGAUACUCGGCACUGCGAAAGGUCAACUUAAAGGCGGUGAUCCUCCUGCAUCUAGACUAUUAUUCACCUCCACGGAAAAUCUGUCUCAAACUUUGCAUGAUGCGGUGUGGCCCCACUGCUCCCUGGCACAAGAAACACUUCAAAGAGUGCUGGUAGACGAAUGCGACGUGAUGUUGCACCUCUCCGCGAUCGAGAGCGUGUGCUUAAUGCGCAGAGGCGACGCCAUGUCUCAUUUCGUCGAUAUCUUGUUUACGAAGAUGGACUCUAAGCAAGCGUGGAAUGACUUCCACUUCUUGAACACCGCGUUCCGCGACGUCGCGGAAGCUGGAACACACCGCUGGGUCGAUACCUCCCUCGUGCGCUUCUCCCACAAAGGCAGCAAGGACAAGUCCGUCAACCGGACUGUCCGAGCACUCGACGGCUUCUCGAUCGAGUACGCCAUCCCGUUCCCUUUGACCUAUGUCUUCGGACCGAAGGCGAUGCAGAUCUAUUCUUCUAUCUUCACUCUCGUGUUACAGAUACGACGAGCCAAGAGCGUGCUCGAGCGCAUCCUGGUUCGAGGUGCGAUGGGGCAUGCGUCGCACAUGGCGAGCGAGAUGAAGGCGUUCUAUGCCAUGCGCAGUAAACUGUCAUGGUUUGUGAAUACGUUGCUGAAUUUUGUGGCUACAAAUGUUUUGGACGCGGAAGUCCUCAGAUUCCACAAAGACUUCCGACAAGCCGUGUCACUGAACGACAUGAUUCGACUGCACGAUGAACACCUGGCGAAGAUGGAAAGUCGAUGUCUUCUUCAGCGUAAUACCAACGCUCUGCAACGUGCAAUCGUAUCGAUCCUCGACAUGUCCAUCCACUUUAGCGACUGCUUCGUCGCCUUCGCGGGCGAUACGACACACGACAUCUCGCGCCACUCUAUCCUCGUCAUGAAGCGACACCGCAGCCGUCGGGUACGCCGCCAGAAGAAGGACGUCAUCGGGUUCUCGCAAAGCAUGCAAGGGGAGGCCGACGACAGCUCCGAGAGCGACUCAGACUUUGAUGACGACCGCCUCAAGGCCAAUGCCCCAGAGCCGUCGUUCUCGCUGGGUGCGUCGACGAUGUCAGCGCCGGACGAGAGCUUCGUAGACCGGCUAGACAAGAUGUCGUCAGAACUGGAUGCUCUGGUUCGGUUCAUCAGGCGGGGAGUGGAGAGUUUAGCGGCAGGAUCUGGUGAAGCUGCACCGGCGUUUGGUGUAUUCGCGUUCGCAUUGGAGGAUUGGGAUAGGUGA